ACAACCACGCAAUGUUGACCGCCAACCCGUUGGUGCUGCUGCUGCUGCCGCUGCUGCUGGCGGCUUCCUGCUUCGCCCAGGACCAGACGGCGCAGCUGCCGCAGGGACGAAUCACCCUGGGCGAUGGCACCUGCUCGCUCCAGGCUGCUACCAUCACCUGCGUCUGCCGCCCCGGCCAAGAGGCGCUGGACCUGACGGCUCCCUUCAUGGAAGGCAGCGGUGCGGCCGAAGUUCUGCAGGUGAGCAGCUGCCCGUCGGUGACGUUCGCCUUCCCGCCGCUGCAGAAUCUGCACACGCUGCGGGUCGCGCACACCGCCAGAACCACGUUCCAGGAGAAGGCGUCGCCCCUGCUGCGCCAUCUUGCGCUCGUGAACAUCUCGGAGGUGGAGCUCCAGGGCCCCACCUUCCAGGGUGCCGCUCUGGAGACGGUGCUCCUCGAUGGUGUUCGUAUCAGCGUUGUUCGCAGUGGGGCUUUCGCCGGCCUCAGCAAAAUCCAGAACGUCACAUUCAGAGACGUACGCUUCAACGCAGUACUAGAGGGUGCUGUCGAACUCCAGAUGGUCGGCAACUCGGAGCUCACUAUCCUGAGAAGUGAAUUGCUGAGCGUUAUGACAUCCGGCAUCGUUGUGAAAGGCGUGACGAACUUCACAAUGCACGAGUCUAGACUGACGACAAAGGGAGACGACGGUCUGCAGUUGGACGCCGCUGGCGCCGUAUCCGUCUCGGACAGCCAGCUGCUGUCGGGGGGCGCAAUCAAGCUCGCCGUGCCGUCCGGCGCCACCUUCAGGUUCGUCAACAACGUCUGGAAGAACUCGUCCUUGCUGGAAGUGGGUCAGCAGCUUCUGCAGUCCGCUGUCGCUUUGGACGUGACGAACAACACGUUCCAGUGCGCCUGCGACCCCGCGCUCGACGCCGUGCUCCGCCUGCCCGCGGCCGCCGCGCUGCUCGACAACAACCGGUGCGACGAGAGUCUGUGCGGCCAGCCGGUGCCGAUGCGCGUCCUCGCCAGCUGCCGCAGCCCGAGCGAGAAGCAGGCCGCCUGCCAGGUCGCGCUCCCAGCCGCCGCCGCCACUCCCGGUGCAGCCUCCGCACCGCCCUCCACCACUCACCGUACAGUGUCGACCACGCCCGCCGUCACCGUGUCGCCGAGGGCGGCCAAGCCGCUCAGCCCCGGAGGCAACAACACAGCCGCCGCCAUCGCCGUCUCCGUGACCGCUGCACUCCUGACCGUGCCUGCUGCCGCGGCCCUUGCUCUGUAGCCAGUGGACUAGCUCACAGGUUGCCGCGGCGAAAAACCGAUGUCCACUCGUAGUGAUGAAGCCCCCGACCACCCUACUUUGUGGCCAACGUCGCUCUAGCUUGCCGCUGCAGCUCAUCUGUCACAGGUGGUGAGCGGUGAUACUGUGAAGCCGGUCGACUGUGUCCACCUGGCGACAUUCCGGGCUGGAGAGUAUCUCUCACUCCGAUAUCAGCCCAAGUCUCUACUGUCAAACUGGCUAGUACCCCACGUAUGCAAAUCACUCGUUGCCUCACUACAGAGCUGAUUAGGACGCCCGCCAGUUGCCGCAACAUAGAUAGCCUGGUAGCAAAUUUGAGAGUAUUACCUGCGCGAAAAGACGCUGGAAAUGAGAUGUUCCUCUGAUUUAGCAGGUAGUGGACCAGUAGAUGGUCGCCUGCGCGAAUUUUCGCAAAUACUUAAGAGAACGCCGACAGUACAGUGGUGUGUGUGUAAUAAUGCGAGUGGUCUACAUCUACAUCUACACUCCGCAAGCCACCCAACGGUGUGUGGCGGAGGGCACUUUACGUGCCACUGUCAUUAUCUCCCUUUCCUGUUCUAGUCGCGUAUGGUUCGUGGGAAGAACGAC